GAACUGUAUGUAAAGUCCAAAUGACCGCGGAGCAUGCUGGUAUUAUUUGCAGGCAGCUUGGGUUUGAUGACGGAAAACUUGCUACCGUCUCGUCAGGCACGGGGAACGUGUGGCUGCGGUUACGAGAUUCCUGCUCCCUGGCUCACAUCCAAGCCUGCCCGAGAUACGGCUUUGGAAUGACGCAUUGUGGACACGGUCACGACAUUGGGAUAUACUGCUAUGACAUAACGAAUGCAUCCUGUGAGGCUCCAGCGGCUCUGACUGGCCACUUUGGUCACUUGCGUUCCUUUGGUCACCCGACCACCCAGUAUGGACCCAACCUGAACUGUACCUGGUGGAUCACCGUCCCUGAGGGCUUUGCCGUCAGACUGACAUUUACUGAUUUCAGUCUUGAAGAUUCUGUGGAUUGUGAAAACGACUACGUGGAAGUUAGAGACAUAGGGAUGGGCUCAUUUGAGAACUGGACCUCUGCUGCUGUCAUAGGACGGUAUUGCGGUGCCACAAACCCUGGCACUCUAACUUCUACAACUAACCGUCUUGUUGUCCACUUCCGGAGUAACGAAGCGACUUCUAGCGGUGGAAUGGCUGCGUAUUUCAGCAGUGACUGCAGCGGUGCGACCGUCUGGAAUAAAGUUAACAACACAUCCGAUCUCAGUGGCACAGACUUCAUGAUCCGGUCCAUCAAUAACGCCAGUAAUUGUCUCUUGGAGUGUGAUCACCAUCAGUUCUGUUUCAAGGUGUACUACGAUGCCACAAAUGAAACAUGUUAUAUGAAAAUGGCCACGUUUUAUGGCCGAAAUAUCAGCCUCAGUGGAUUGGAGCUGGAGACGUAUGAGAAAAAAUGCAUAAAUGGUCACCAAUGGACAACGCAAGACAACAGAGCUAUACGCAGCGAAGAGCUUGCGGUGGAAUACACCAGCAAUGUGGACAAUUGCCUAGCCUCCUGCCGAAUGAGGCCAACUUGUCUGGCAAUCGAUUACAGCGCCAGCAGCAAGAAGUGUACACUUCACAGCGUCAAUUCUGCUGAUACCUCGUUGACGUUAGAGUCAUCCACUGUGUACCAUGAGACCACUGUUCCCAAGACGUGUGCAGAAGUGUUGGCCAAUAACGGCACCAGUGGCUGGUAUGGUUUGAAAGUAGCCACCGGUCAGCUAGUCUUUACUUACUGUGAUGCCCUGAGGUUUGGCGGAGGAUGGACCUUACUGAUGGCGAAACGCGCAAGGUCUUGCACUUCACCUGUGUCUGAGCUACCUGUGUCUCAGUACUCAUUACUAGAGUCGGAAUUUUCGAUAUUGCAAGAACUUCUGCGCUUUAAAGAUAGGACGUUGGUUGAUUAUUAUGAGUUACUGUUGGAAGAUAGUGGGAGGCAGUGGAACAGCACGUGGAUGGUGCCCAACACAAUGUCAGAUUACAAUGACGUCACAGUGACAUCAUUUGAAGGUGUGACGUCAAUGCUUGGCAUGGCACGAGGGCAUAUACAGAGCCUUGCCCACAUCAGCGCCAUAUCGAACAUCAGUGGCCUGCCAUAUAUUGGCGAGAACUGCAGCAGCCCGGUGACGGAUGCCUCCAACACCAUCUUUCUGUGGAUGAGGACCCCCACCACCGCUAAUAAGGAUAAAAAAUGCAUGAUCAACGUUUGUGCAAAUGGUGGCCAUUGCCGGUAUGAAAACGGAAACACCACCUGCACCUGUGCCAAAGGAUUUUACGGGGAGAAAUGUGAACAUAGUCUUCCAAGCGUCACUGCGCAGUUUAAAAAAUUGCCGGAUACCGCCGUUCGAUUUGCAGACAUCACCAAGACGAAAGUUUCGACACGUGUACUCGAUUGCAUGAGUUUCUGUGUUUUGCACGGAUGUUCUGGUUUCUACUGGCAACCAAAAACUGAAGUGAAGCCCAUGAAUUGUGAACUGCUUUCAGAACAAUUAUUUGGAAGUUUGCUGUACUCUGAGGUUCAUAGGGAUGUAUAUGUACGACUCCAGGAAGGUGAUAUUGACUGGGAACAGUGAAACACUGGGUGUGUUCACAUCCAUCUAUCGUUACUUGGCUCCCUUUAAAGUACAUACUAACCACAGACUUGUAGAUCAUCUUUAGUCAGCAAUUACAUGUAUUUUUUCUAAAAAAUGUGAACCUUUGUACCUCCUUAAUUGACCCAACCUGGUAAAUGCCACUUAAAGUAGAUCAAAAUUGGAAACAGGGCGGAUCUUUUCCGACCACAGGGAAAGUUGUUUUGAAUCAUUUGAACCCAGUGUAACGUGACAGAGAGUUCCCCCAUGAUAGAGAGUCCGCUUCCCAUUCAUUUGCACAGGUAAG